AUGGCAACUGAAAGAAUUUCUUCUUUCUUUCUUUUUAUAUGCCGUGUCCGUUCAGGACUUGUUUUUCCGUCGGUCGCCAUUACGACUUACCCGCUAUCAUUUUACUCUGAUGAGAUAUUUAUAAAUCGUUGGCUUGAUGCAUCUAUCUUUUCUUCUUCGUUCUUUCUGAUAUCUUCUUCCAACUUUUGCAUCUUCUUUUUGGUUUCGUUUUCACCUUCUUUUUCCUUCACUUUGUAUUUAUCUUUGUUUUUUUGUUUUUUUUCAGUGUCUUUUAUUUUUCUUUCAGUCUUUUACGUCUUCUUUUUCGCUUUCCUUUUCCCUCACUUUCUCUUUUUCUUUGUUUCCUUCAACGAUUUUUUUUGUCUUUCAGUCUUUUACUUCUUUUCACCUUCAUUUUGUCUUUAUUUUUUUUUAUCUCCUUUUUUCAUUUAUUUUCUUUUUCGUUCUUUUGAACACUUUCUACUUCUUCUUUUUCGAUAUUUUCUUUCUUUCUUUCUUUCGUUUUCUUUAUCUUAUCGGUUCUUGCUUUCUUUCUUUUCCGUUUUCUUUAUUCACCUUUUGGCAUUUUUAUUUCCGUUUUUCUACGUUUUUGUUCAUUAUUUUCUUCUUUAUUCAUUUUUCUUUAUUGCAUUUUCUACUUCUUUUAUAAUUUUUCUUUUUUUUUUUUUUUUGAUCUUGUUCUUUUUUAUUUCUGCAUCUUUUUUCCUCGGUUCUUUUGUUUGUUCGUGCUUCUUUAUUCUAUGUUAUUUUUCCUUUUCUUUUUUCUGUGUUACUUUUUUGUUUUUGUUUCUUUUUUCUAUGUUGUUGUUUUUCGUUUAUUGUUUUUUCUUUCUGUUGCUUUUUUUUUUUGUAUAUUAUUUUUCUUCCACUUUUUUGUUAUUUUUAUUUUUAUUUGUUAUUUUUUGUUUCUGCUCCUUUUUUAUAGUUUAUUCUUUUCCUUCCGCAACUUUUUCUAGCUUAUUCUUUAUUUUUUUCUGCUUCUCUUUUCAUAACUUUUCUUCAUCUUCCAUCCUUAAUGUUUUUAGUUUUAAUUUCUAUAUUUCCUCUUCUAUUUUUCUUUAUUUUUUUCAUUUCUUUAUCGUCUCUUUUCUUUUGUUAUUUUUGUUCAUUUUCCUUUUCUUUAAUUUUCUUCUUCUUUACCUUCUCCCCUGUUGCGCUUUCUUUUUUUUCAUCCUUUUUUUUUAUUUUCAUCAUCUUUUCAUUUUUUUCUUCGUUUCAUAUGUUUCCUUUUCUCAUUUUCUACCUUUUUCGUCUUUUCUUCUUUUUUUUUCUGACACAGUUUUCUUUUUUCAUUUUCUCUUUUCUUUCCCCCAUCUUUUGCCUCAAUUCCUUUUUUCGACAUCCGCUUUUCUCUUCUUUUAUUUCCAUUAUUUCUUUCCUUUUUAUCUUUAUCAUUUUUUAUUUUUGCUUUCACUGUUUUUUUCGUUCUUUUAUCUUUUUCUCUUCCGCAUUUUGUUGGCCAUUUUCUUUUUUUACACGUCUUCUUUUUCUCUAUUUUCUUUCUUGCAUUAUUCUCUUUUCCUUCUUUUGCGCCUUUUUUUCUUCAUUCCUUCCCGCCUUCUUUUUUUAUUCACUUACCUCUCUUUUGCGGCUUUUUUUCACUAUGUUUUUUCAUUUUCUAUUUUUCUUCUUCUUCCUUUUCUUUUUCUGUUAUUAUCUGUUAAUAAGAGUUUAUUAUUAUUAUUAUUAUUAUUAUUAUUCGGAUUCUUUUUACCUUUUCUCUUCACUUUUACCAUGUUGCUCUUCCUUUUUACGCUUUUCUCCCCGGCCUUCUACUAUUACUCUCUCUCUCUCUCUCUCUAUUUCCCCUCUCUUCUCUCUCUCCAUUUCUUUUUAUUUUCCUUCUUAUCCACCUCGUCUUUCCGCGCAUUUUUUCCUUCUACAUUUUCAUGGCGCCUGCUCAUCUCUUUCAUCUUGUCUUCUUUUGUCACGACAUCUUAG